GCCGCCCGCGCCCCGCCCCCUCCGCGCGCGGCCCGAGGGGGCGUGGCCUGCGCGCCUAUAAAAGCCGCGGCGGGUGGCACCGCGCGCGCGGAGCGUGACGGCGGCGGGUGGCUGUGUGGGUCCGUCGGCAGAGCGCGGCCGCCCGCUCCCUCAGAUCCCUGGUGAGGUGACCGCUUUGAGCUACAGCCAUGGCAUCCAACAAGAUGUGGUACACCAUUGCCCUUGGAUUUCUGCUGCCUUUUUCUUAUGCCCAUACAGACUUCUUCACCUCAAUUGGCCAUAUGACAGACUUAAUUAAUACAGAGAAAGAUCUGGUGAUAUCACUGAAAGAUUACAUCAAGGCAGAAGAAAGCAAGCUGGAACAGAUCAAAAAAUGGGCGGAGAAAUUAGAUCAGCUGACAGAUACUGCUACGAAAGACCCCGAGGGGUUUUUGGGACAUCCUGUAAAUGCAUUCAAGCUGAUGAAACGGCUUAACACAGAGUGGGGUGAGCUGGAGAGCCUGGUUCUGAAGGACAUGUCAGAUGGCUUCAUCUCCAACAUGACGAUCCAGCGGCAGUUUUUCCCGAAUGAUGAAGAUCAGACUGGUGCAGCAAAAGCCCUCUUGCGGCUUCAAGACACGUAUAAUUUGGAUACAGACACCCUCUCAAGAGGGAAUCUUCCAGGUGUAAAGCACAAAUCCUUUCUAACAGCUGAAGAUUGCUUUGAGCUGGGAAAAAUUGCGUACACGGAGGCAGAUUACUACCACACCGAGCUCUGGAUGGAACAAGCUCUGAAACAGCUGGAUGAGGGAGAAGUAUCUUCUGCAGAUAAAGUCUAUAUCCUGGACUACCUGAGUUAUGCUGUGUAUCAGCAGGGGGAUCUGAGCAAAGCAAUGAUGCUGACCAAGCGUCUUCUCGAACUGGAUCCUGAGCAUCAAAGAGCAAAUGGGAACAUGAAGUAUUUUGAAUAUAUCAUGGCCAAAGAAAAGGAAGCCAAUAAGUCCAGUACGGAUGCAGAAGACCAGACAGAGAAGGAAACUGAGGUUAAGAAAAAGGAUUACCUGCCUGAGAGAAGGAAGUACGAAAUGCUGUGCCGUGGGGAGGGUCUCAAAAUGACUCCUCGGAGACAAAAAAGACUAUUCUGCCGCUACUACGAUGGAAACAGGAAUCCUAGGUACAUUCUGGGCCCUGUCAAACAGGAGGAUGAGUGGGACAAGCCUCGAAUUGUUCGCUUUCUUGAUAUCAUUUCCGAUGAAGAGAUUGAAACUGUGAAAGAGCUAGCAAAGCCAAGGCUGAGCCGUGCUACUGUUCAUGACCCCGAGACUGGGAAACUGACCACAGCACAUUACAGAGUCUCUAAGAGUGCUUGGUUGUCUGGAUACGAAAGCCCUGUGGUAUCUCGCAUUAACACCAGGAUACAGGAUCUAACGGGGCUUGAUGUCUCCACAGCAGAGGAACUGCAGGUGGCAAAUUAUGGAGUGGGAGGACAGUAUGAACCCCACUUUGACUUUGCACGGAAAGAUGAGCCAGAUGCUUUUAAAGAAUUGGGAACAGGCAACAGAAUUGCUACUUGGUUGUUUUAUAUGAGCGAUGUGUCAGCAGGGGGAGCUACCGUCUUUCCUGAAGUAGGAGCAAGUGUUUGGCCUAAAAAGGGAACAGCUGUAUUCUGGUACAAUCUCUUCCCAAGUGGAGAGGGAGAUUACAGCACACGGCACGCGGCCUGCCCAGUACUAGUUGGAAACAAAUGGGUAUCCAAUAAAUGGCUCCACGAGCGGGGACAGGAAUUCCGAAGGCCGUGCACGUUAUCAGAGUUGGAAUGAUGCAGACUUGUCCUUCUCCUCUGUAUUCAGUUUGUGUAAAAUGCACACAUCUCCUCCAGUUUACAAUUGACUAACACUCCACUACAGAUUCAGUCUUCAGCUACACCAGUGUUUCAUCUGUGGACAAAACAAACAUGCUUUUAGUUCCUUCUAAAAUAUCCCCUUUAAGAUUUUAUAAACAGAUUAUAUUGAGUUUAAGGUCUCUGAGCAUUACAGGAAAAAAGAAGAGGACAAAAUACAGAUGAGGGCCACAACCAGGAGUGGUGUUGUGUGGUGUUUCUUCACCAUAGCCCCACAGCCAGCCACUGCUCGCUUGCUUUGGGCUUGUUGCAACUGUUGGUUGCCCAAUGAUUCAGUGGGAGGGCUCCUUUCUAAGGAAGGCUGAAUUAAAGCAGUUCCUAUUCUUCUGUUUUCAGACAUCUGACUCCUCGCUUUUCUAGAGCGCAUGAAAACCGUGGCCAUGGUUUGUCUUUAUGGGGGAAGAGGCUAUCAUUAGUUGUUUUGGCCUGUUUUCCUGCUUCCACAAAAGCCCAAGUUUUUGAUCUGUCUUCCUUCUUAGCCUCUGUGGUGAAUUUGACUCUUAACGUGAGCCAGCAGUUGCGUACGCAUCAAUGAAAUUCUUUAGCAGUGUUACAUCAAACGCAUGCCUCCGUCAGAGCUGCCUGACAGUGAGCAGGGCCCAUCUCCUCUGUUUUUUUCUCUAUUGUUUGUCCACAUCAAGAGAAACAAAUGCUGCUUUUAUUCUGUCUUCGUAGUAAACACAUCUGUUCCUUGGGUAGUGGGGAUGGGAACGUUUCCAUCUUCAUUAAUAGAAGUAAUCGUGCCUUAGGACACUGGAAUUUCAAAUUGGUUAUGAGACUUCAGGUGAUGAGGUAACGCAGUUGUCACGGAACGGUCUCCACCCCUGCCCUCCCAGUUCUCCAGUUCUGUGAGAAAUAGAUGGCCUAUUUAUAAUCCUAGAUCAUUUUUAGAUGCUUUUUCUUUUGCAGAUGGUUUUGCUGCUGUGGGCGCCACGUGCAGCCGGCAGCAGUGACAUGCCUUUAGUUAGGGAAUGCUGCUCACACAGGGGGCCAGGGCUCUGCCUGCUCUCCAUGCUCUGCUGUCACUCACCUCACCGAGGCUGCUCCAUCAGCUGGGCCUGGUGCUGGUGUGCAGGGAAGCACUGGGAAAAGGCUUUUGCAGAGGCUCUGGUGCUGCUCACUUUGCUGCUGCCAGUCCUCUGAGCCAGGCUGGAGCUGCGCUGACCACCCCCCCCCCCCCCCACACACACACACACACUGUCCCCAUGUCAGCAUGCAGUGGAAGAACUCGCUCACAGUGACUUUCAGGGAUUCUCGUUUGUGACGAGACUUCUUUAAACUGAGAUGACAGUGAAACUGCUGAGGGAGAUGAGACUGUGGCUGUUGUAGCUGCUGGACUUCUGUUCUGUUCUUGAGGUUCCUGUAGGUGGAGUAACUGCUGUCCCUGCUGCCCCCCACCACAGGAGGAGCUGGGCAGGGCAGGGCUGCAGGAGGUUCCCUUUCCCGAGCCAUCCCUCUUCAACAGCGAGAUUUUUAGCUGAAUGUUCCACUAGCAUGAGGACAAGAAUCAGAGUGACCCGCACCAGACUCUGCCUAAACAGUCUGAUUGGUUGGAUGCUGAUGGUUCUUACUGAUUUAGGGGAGUCAAGCCUGAAGUUUUUACCAAGGAAAAAAUUCCAAAUUUAGUUAAUUGGGUUUUCUGCCUCCACAAAGUCUUGAAAAUUGAGCCAGAAGGUAGAAGAAACCGACAGUUACAUGUGAGAAAUACCUCUGGAAUACAGAGAAUGCAGUUUAUGGUACUAGAGUUUGAAAUACUGCAUACUUUCAGAAGACACUUUAAAAUCUUUGCUAGAAGAUGACUUGUUAAAUUUCUACUGAGCCUGUUAGCAAUGGGGCCUCCAUAACUUUAUCCUUAGCCCUGCACCUUCCUGCAUUGUGUUUGUGUUUCUGAAAGAUGCAAAACAAAGCCCCAUCCAGCACUUAACAAAAAGAGAAGUCCGAAACAGCUCCACCACACUUCUCUACUGCUCCCUUAUUCCAAAUUGCUGGCACACUGGGGCAGUAUCGAUCUGAUAGAAAUGAUUCACAAAUAUAUAUAUAUAGUGAUCAAAAAAUAUAGCUAAGUUAAGUUGUAAUAAUAAAGAAAAAUACAUACAUUCUUACCAAAGUUUUCACCUUUUUACAUGGUGUCAGUACAGCCUUUUCCCAUCCAUUGUGUUCUCCUUCCCAUCUUCUCCCCUUUCUUAAGCUCCAAGAGAAGGCAGGGGUGGCUGCGGCUGAGUCCUGUCCCUUCCCUGCAAGUAACAGGCAGCAGUGUGGUGUUAGGAGUCUUGUUUGGGGGCAUUCAUUUUCUGCCAGUAGCUCAGAGGCAUCUUUGGUUUUAGAUAAGCCAGUUCUGCACAGUAAACUAGCACAGAAAGAAUUGAUGCAUCACCACCAUGCAUCUGGUCUGGCUAUUAACCGAGCAGCUGUUUCUUUCUGAGGUAAGCAGAGGAAUUACUUGACAUAUUCAAAUAAUUCAAAGCUACAAUUUAUGAGGUAGAAGUUCUGGAUAAAUGUGACAGUGAUUGUUGUAGCACUGUGACACUGUAAGAGAAUGCUGGGGGCUCGCACGUGUUGGAUGGAAAAAGGCAGGGCUGAAGUGAUGAGAAAUCACCAUUUCCUUCUAUCAAGCAGUUUUUUCCUCCAUCUCUGUUCAAAACCAAAUGCUGAACAACAAGCCCAAACGAACUUGUGGAACGUACAGGGCAGUUUGCUGAGCAGUUCCCUCCCUCAGCUCCCAUCAGGUAGCUCCAAGGCUGACUUGCAUUUUAAGAACGGUCUCUAAAGAGGCAGCACCUGGGGAGCACAAGUGUUUUAGUGCAGGACUUUUCAAAUCAGUGAACUACACAGCAACGUGUACUUCUUCAGAGAAGAAACAAUUUGUCUUUUGACAGCGGAAAGUUUCACUUGGUUUAAAAGGAAGAUCUCCCAAAACUCAAUCUCAAAUCUGCUGAGGCACAUCAGGCUGAAACAUCCCAGGUUAGGAGUAGAGAAAGUGUAGGCUUAUUCCUUUAAGCUGCAGACGAUCCGCACUUCAUCUUCCUCCACUGUGGCAGUGUUUGUACACCUUGUCCUCAGUGUGUGAGUGGUGAUGCAGGUGGUGGUGUUCUUCUCUGCCUUAUCCCUUCAUUUCUCCAAGGGCUGUUGUGGAGCAAGAGCGUGGCUCCUGUGUGAAUCUAGUUUUGUAUUAAAGAUGAUUGAAAACUGUUUGGCUCGCAGUGACUGACAAUUGAGAAACUGCCUUACUGUUACAUUUUUUUGUAAUAAAAAUUUUAAUAUUAAAAAAAUGGGCUUAAAAUAAAAGCCACUGCCAUUAGCAGUGAAAAAUCCUCCCCAUCAAA